AUGUGCGGUAUCGUCGGAUACGUUGGUGACCGGCCGGCGUGGCCCAUUGUUUUGGAGGGCUUGCGUCGUCUUGAAUAUCGCGGGUACGACAGUGCCGGAGUGGCGGUCCUGGAACCGAAUGGUGGCCUGCGACUGCGCAAAACUGUGGGCCGGGUACACGGCCUCGUCGACGAUUUCGUUGGCCCGACACCCCUUGGUCUGGCUGGUGUCGGACACACCCGCUGGGCUACCCACGGGCGUCCCUCCGAAUCCAACGCCCACCCACACACGGAUUGUUCCGGCACCAUCGCGGUGGCCCACAAUGGCAUCGUCGAAAACUAUUUGUCCCUGAAGGCCGACCUGAAAAAACGUGGCCAUCACUUCAAAUCGGAGACCGAUACCGAGGUUAUAUCUCACUUGAUUGAAGAGGGCGUGCUCGACGGUCUGACCUUGCAAAACGCCGUCUUGCGCAUGGGCAGCAUGGUUGACGGCCCCCAGGCGGUAGUCGCCGUCCAGGAAGGUGACCAGGACAGUAUUUGCGCGUUGCGGUUGGGGCAUGCGGGCGGAGUGGCCGUAGCGCACCACCAGGGACAGAGCAUCGUGUCCAGUGACCUGCCGGCUCUGUUGCCCCUCAUCGGCGAAACCGGACAGCUUCCGGUGGCGUUCCUCGAAGACGGCGAGGCGGCGGUAAUCACCCGUCACGGGGUGACUUUCCUGGACAGCAACGGUCGCGAGGUGGCUAAGCCGAUGCGCCCAGUAACGCUGGAGGACGUGCUGAUCGACCGGGGCGGUUAUCGGCACUUUAUGCUCAAGGAAAUCAUGGAGCAGCCCCAGGCAGUUGUGGCAGCGCUCCGCGACCGUCUGGAUUUCGGCCACGGUCGAGUAUUGCUUCCCGAUUUGGAAAUGACCGACACCGAAAUUGCCCAGUUGCGGCGCGUGGUUCUGAUCGGCUGUGGCACGAGCCUGCACGCUGCCCAGGUCGGCCGGCAUCUGGUAGAGCGUUUGGCGGGUAUACCCGCAGAAGCCGAGUCUGCAUCGGAAUACCGUUAUCGUGAGCCAUACCUGGAUGAACACACUCUGGUCGUCGCAAUCGGCCAGUCAGGCGAAACCGCGGACACGGUAGCGGCCAUGGCACAAGUGCGCAGCAGCAAGGCGCGGUUGAUCACGAUCUGCAACGCCGCGGGAAGCCAGGCGGCGCGCCUCGCUGACGCCACGUUAUUAAUGCGGUCGGGUAUCGAAGUCGGGGUUGCCAGCAGCAAGACGCUGACCGCCUCGCUGACCAUUCUCAAUCUGCUGGCCAUGCGUCUGGGAGCGGCCCGCGGCUUUCUGGACGCUGAGGCGAAUCGCAGCCUCAGCGACGAGCUGGCACGACUCCCCGGACGGAUCGCUGAUAUCCUUGGCAACUCCGGGAAAAUCGAAGCGUUGGCCCGACAGUUCUACCGGCACCGCAAUUUCCUGUACCUGGCACGCGGCAUCAACGCCCCGAUCGCAGCCGAAGGUGCGCUCAAGCUUUAA